AUGGCAACCCAAACUGUUAACCCCUCGACCGUUGAUGGUUACCGUGACUCGGACGAUGAGUUCAGCUCAGAUGAUCAGGAGUUUCACGUUGAUGAGCGCUCUGGGCGGUCUUGGCCGACCAAGAUUCUUCAUAACGUUAUCCAGCCUAUCAAGCCAAAGUUGGUAGAGAUUGGGAAGGUUUCAUCUGCUGAUCCUACACGAUGCAAGCCUUCGAGGGGAGCGAGGAAGAGAUGUGAUGUUCAAGAGAACAAGGUUGAGGGCAUUUGGACGUAUGAUAUGACUCCAAAGACUUCUGAUGGAGAGAAGAGGUCCUAUGCCAGAAGGAUAUUGUACUUUGCUGGAGGUGGAUGGCAAGCACCUCCAAGUGGUAAGCAAACCAUUUUCUCGCCAGGAGCCCUACUAACGUUUGCAGGCCAACAUUGGACUUUCUGCGGAGAGAUGAUAAACCGCCUGCAGGAUACUAGACUCACCCUCGUCUCGUACCCCCUAGCGCCCAAGGACCCCGUUCAAGACGCAUUCCCAGCUAUCUGCAAGACUUACAAUGUCUUGUUGAAGGAGUCAUCUGACCUUGGCGAGAGGGUGAUCGUUGCAGGAGACAGUUCAGGAGGCAACAUUGCCCUAUGCCUGGUGACUUGGACCAUGAGACAUCAAUAUGUACAAGCCGUUCGACCUCCGUCUGCCAUCCUAGCCAUCACUGCGACCACCGAUUUACGUCACAAUCACCCCGACAUCAAAAAGGUAGACAAAGUUGAUCCUAUUCUGAGCGAGUCGUCCAUCAAUGAAACAGCCGGUGCAUGGGCUCCUGGACACUCAGAUGUGAAUCAACAAAACGGGACGAACACGGAAUCAACAGAUAGGAAUGAAAAGCUCGACUGGUCCGCCGAUGAUCCCCGAGUAUCACCCAUCCAUGCCGACUUGGGCGUCUGUAUCAGGAACAACGUCAAGAUCCAUGGUAUUACAGCUUCACAUGAUGUUCUUGGGCCAGAGGCUGUUGAGUUCAGAGAGAGAUGUAGAAAGGAAGGUGUUGAUGGAGAGUGGUUGUCUUGGGGUGAUCAGAUGCAUUGCUUCCCGUUGGCAUACAAGUAUGGGUUGAAGGAGAGUAAGGAGGGGCUUGAAUGGAUUAUUGAUGUUUUGAAGAAAUGCUGA